GCUAAUUCCAUCUUGCCGACCGCAAAACGGCAAUAACGCGCGCCAGGCAUCAUUUGUCUGGCGCGACCCAUCAGUACUCGCCAUUUCUACAGCCCGCAGCGGCAGAACCUUCAGAGUACUCAGAGAACUGCUCAAAGGCUGCACUGCACAGAUUGCACUCUGUGAGUUUACAGCGUACAGCAUCCUGGCGCCAAGCCGUUGCAUCCAGCAGCGUAAAUUAGUGCACCACUCAAUGCCGUCGCCGCUACACCUCACCUUCCAAGCGCUCUUCAGCACGAUCGGCGCCUACCUCGCACUGCUCUUUCGCGCGACGGCGAGGGUCCUCUUCGAGCGCGAGCCGGUCGAGUCCGAGGGCGAACCGGAGGCGCUCGACCUGGGCAUCCUGCGAUUGGACCAGGCCAUCCACCAGGCCGACUUUGAACUGGCGCGCGCGAGGGCCGAGGCCGAGAAUCGAUGAUUGCUAUGAUCGCUCUCCUCGCGGCGACGGCGACCGCGCUGUCCUCGACCAGCCACCGCAUCUACCCGGGGCGUUUGGGCACCGCGUUCCGCAUAAAACAAUGCGUACCCCGAGAAGACGCGCUGGCCAUCGGCGAAAAAGCGCUCGCGCUGCCGCCGUCCGCCUGGGCGUCGGACCGCCACGCGUCCUACGCGACCCUCGAUACUUCAGCGCACGACGUCGAACCCCAGUUCGAUUCGAUAGUCUGGUCGCGGGUCCGCGCGCGCCUGGCUCAUUGUUAUGAGGUUCCGGAGGCGGCACUGUGCCUCAUCGACGCCUUUGUCGUCCGAUACGACGCCGACGCCGGCGACGGCGCCGAGCUGGCGCCGCACCGCGACGCGGGCCCGCUCUCGUUCAACGUGCUGCUCUCGGACGGGUCGGAUUUCGACGGCGGCGCGACGACGUUCGUGGACGCCGAUUUCGACGGCGUCGACGAGGAUGCGGGCGACGCCGUGCUGCAUCCCGGCCAGACGCGCCACGGCGGCCGCCGGACGACGCGGGGCACGCGCAUUAUUGCCGUGGGAUUCGUGGAAAUCGACGGCUUUGAAGUUAACGUGGACGGGUACGACGGCGCCGCGUCGGAGCGCCACCAGCGCGACCUCGGGCGCGCGUCGAACCUCAGAAGGCUGCAGUCUCGGGCGCUGUGUACUACGUUCGCCAGGGUGUGCGCCGAGGGCGCGGUCGUGCGGAGGGAACGUGAGGCGGACGCCGCGUUCGCGUGCGAGAUGCUCCAGGCCACUCCGACGUCGCGCAUCACCGUCGCGGUAUCGACGCCGCCGUCGGACCGCGAAACAAAUGAAGCAUCUGCAGCUCUACGUGAAUAUGGCGUCGUGGUGCUCCGGUCGGUCGACGGGCUGCUUGCUGGUGUUCAAAAGGGCGAUGCCGUGGCCGCCGUCGAGGCGCUCGACGAUCGACUCGCCGGCCGUGGACAGGAUGCCGCCAUUGACGAGCCGACGCUUGCUCGACGGUCGGAGCUCCGCCACGACGUGCGACUGGACGACAGUACGGCGGAUCCGCGCUGGUCUGAGCUCGCUGACCGCGUCGCUGGGAUUGCUAGGCGUGUCAUAGCCGAGUCGAAUCCAGGCGAGUGGGACGUCGCGACGGCGGGCUGCGUCAUUUCGCGCCCCGGCGCGGGCCCUCAGUUGUAUCACGCCGACGGCAUGGACGAAUUCUACAACGCGUUCGUGCCGCUGGUUGACGUGCCCUCUCACCUAGGCCCUACAGAAUUUGCGCUGCGGUCGCACGCGGACGAGCACGCCGUCGCCUACGCGCCGACGCUGGAAGGCGAUGAUCGAUACGAGAAGUGCGCGCCGGAACUUAGAAGAGGGGACAUUGUACUCUUCUCUUAUUCGACGCUGCACCGCGGCUUGCCGAACACUGGCGACGCGUCGCGACCCGUCUUCUACGUUACGGUGGCGCCGCCGGGCGCCGUCGACGCGAUCAACUUCGCGGAGGCGCCAGGUGAUGCUUAAAUUUGUUGUUUAAA